UCGGUCUUUCACCACGGUUUACGGUUUGCCUGAAACAAAGAAACGUCAGCGUGGGGAAGCCCGAGGAGCGGCUUCCAAAUCAAGAGUGGCGUUCUUCACUUCGAUGAAUUACAAGGUGUCGCAUCUCUGCAAGUCACCAUGGCAUGUUCAACCGUCUCCGAGGAUAUCUCGGGCGUACUGAGAGGUCGCUGCAAAGAUUGCGAGUGCAGCGGCUUCACGCGGACUGUGGAGCUCAUCAGUCAUGAAAGGGUGCCUCUUGGGUGGUGCAUUUUGUGUGGGCAUUCCCCUGUGUCACAUGGGGUCCUCACAGAGCACUGGACACACCAGUUGGAAAGGACCACAACAGUGCACGAAUCUGCAUCAGUCGCACCCUUGUUUGGUUCAGUAUGUGAAAUACCGACUGAGCCUGUACAAGUCGUAGCAGUUCCUCCCUUGGAGCAAAUGGUAGAAGAUGCCACAACAUCUUGUGCAACGAUGUGCCAGGAGACACCAGAUAUUCCAGUUCCACCUUUACCCGCUUCAGCCCACUCAUCAGAUCAAGCCAGGCUACAGGCUGGACGACAAAAAAGCAGUAAAGGACGCUGCAAGCAGUGGGACAACCUAAGCCUCCCGACAUUCUCGGAGUACCUUGAUUCAUUUCUUUGUGGACAUGGAAUGUUGAGUAAGACCCGAAAGCACAUGAAAGCACAACUGAGAGAUGAAGUCAUUGCUUUCUUGGAUGAGAACCAGUUGAUUGAGAGCUCCAACUGUGCAAUAAGAAGAUGGGAGUACCAUGGCCUUGGUGAAGCAUUAGCUCGGUCGUUUCCUAGCGUGGUGUGGGAGACGACAAAGCACGGUCAAGUAAAGAAACUUGAUUUUGAGUUCGGUUGGAGAUCAUUCAUGCGAUCCGUGAGUUCAACAAGAAAAACCAGAAAACUGCGGUCCAAAAGACUGGUUGUGUCAACAACCGUGCUCUCUACCGACGCCUGUGAUGGCAUCCUUCGAUGCAAUGAAGCACAAGAAGAAUUGAAGGCGAUUGAGGACACAGUCACUGAUCCUGCAAGUCUCGACAUUACGAGAAUGAAGGCCCUCUUGAAAGCUACGCUUGAAGCUCGUAAAGCAAGCCCAAGUGAUGAACUACCGGUCUACUUCUUAAGCCCUGAUGUGCUGGCACUUGAGGCAGAACUUCGAUUCAAAUCCUCACUUGAAGACAUGGAGGCCAAGCUGUGCGAAGUUCGACAAACACUGAACAGAGGAAGUUUCCUGGACAUUGACUGCUACCUUCGGCCAAAAAGGGCAACAUUUUCUCUCAUCGCACUGGAGGAGCCCGCUGUGGACACGCCUUUUCCGGGACCCUUUAUCAUCAGGAUGCGAGACGGAGAACACAAGAUCACCUUUGGGAAGUGCUGUGUUCACCUGACUCCCAGAUCCUCUCUUGAAUGUGCUUUGAUCCUGUGCCUCGCUGCUUACUUUAUUUUGAAUCUUUCUUACCCUUAUGCAUUUGGACAAACUUUGGGUCUCCUGCAAACAGUGAUAGUCAAGGGCGAGGUGUUUGAGUCAUGUCUCAUGUCAUUUAAACUAAAGACUCUCUUAAAGGAGUUGAAAAAUGCGCCCUCGAAAUGUACCAGCACAGAAACUAACACAAACUAGAUGAGUGUUAAGUUAUGUUGAGGUUACUAUACAAGCCUUAUUUAAGGUACCUCCGAGAUGC